AGAGGCAGCAGGAGCUAACAGCCCAGCAGUGGGUAACAUCAAGCACCUCCCUCGCUUCACGUCGCGCUGAAACCCUGUCUCCAUCAACACUCAGGAAAAUGAAAAUGGAGUAGAAGGGAAGAGGGAUAUGGUAGCUGAUUGAGAACGGCCCUAUCAACCAUAGGAUCUAGCUGUUAUUCACCAUGAACGUUGCUGUGUCUCCCAUGGCCAGAGAGGCUGCCUCACCCAUGAUCACCUCCGUCACGCCCACCCUGGAGCCCAGCUUUGAGGAGGAGGCAGGCCCCAGCCCCAGCCAGGAUGGUCUCUGUGGAGAAGGGCUGGCCCAGGAGAGGGACACGGCCCGGAGGUAUCAGAACCAGAAGCCCCCUCCCCUGCACACAGGGGCGGACUGGAAGGUGGUGCUGCACCUGCCUGAGAUUGAGACGUGGCUGAGGGCCACCACUGAGAGGGUCCGGGACCUCACACACUCUGUCCACCAGGACUCAGUCAACAAACACGUGGACGUACACCUAGUACAGCUCAAGGACAUUUGCGAGGACAUCUCGGACCAUGUGGAGCAGAUCCAUGCGCUGCUGGAGACAGAGUUCUCCUUGAAGCUGCUGUCCUACUCUGUGAACAUCAUUGUGGACAUCCGUAGUGUGCAGCUGCUGUGGCACCAGCUCCGUGUCUCUGUCCUGGUACUGAAGGAGAGGCUGCUGCAGGGCCUCCAGGACUCCAACGGAAACUACACCCGACAGACAGACAUACUGCAGGCCUUCUCUCAGGACCAACAGCAGGCUCGCCUGGAUGCUCUGACUGAGGUGGAUGACUGUGGCCAGCUGACCAUUAAGUGCAGUCAGGACUACUUCUCCCUGGACUGUGGCAUCACAGCCUACGAGCUCAGCGACUACAGCCCCAGUGAUGACCAGGAGGGUACCAGCGGAUCGGGCCAGGGGCAGGAGCCCUGCUGUAGCUACCCCGGGCUGGAGAGAGACUUCCCAGAGCUCAUCCAGAGUGUGGACCUGCUGACCAUCGCAGCCAAGCAGAGCCAGAGCCAAGGGGCCGUCCCAGAGCAGGAAGAGGAGGGGCCAGGCACCCCUAUAGAGAAACACAGAGACACGACCUCCAGCACAGGGGAGGAGAACAACCCUGCACCUGGACCCAAAAUGCACUGCGACACGCCCCAGAGCGAGAGCACUCCACUCUCCAAGCGGCCCCUCCAGGGCAGCGUGAGUAACGAGGUGUCCCCCACCCAGCCUGCCUUGCCUAAGAAGCACAUGUACCUGGAGGGAGAGACUGAGUCCAGCCUCAGCCUGAGGAGAUCCACCCUGCCUCCCUCUCUUCAAUUCCAGGGAGACCUGAGCCGGAGUACUCCCUCUCUCCUGGACCCUCCCGACCGCUCCAAGUUCUGGCUGGAGCUGAACGCUGUGUACCCCAGCAAUGCCUCCCAGUCCUAUGACAGCCUGCAGGCCAUGAACAGUAGGAACCUGCAGGCCAGCAGACAGAGAGAGGCUGGAGGGUACCAGAGACUGAGAAGCCCUGUUGGCGCUCAAAUCCCCCUACAGAGGAGCUCCUCAGAGGCAGGCCAGGGAGGCCACUUUCCCCAGGACCUCUCCUCCAUCCCCACCCUCUUCUCAGGCAACAGGGGAUGUAGCAGGGCCCUGGAGGAUCCACAGACAGACAGAGACACAGACAGCCCCCUACCCUCUGCUAUGAGGGAGCCCUCAGACCACGAGUCCCACAACAAAGCCUCCAGCGAGGACUUCCACCCUCCCACCAAGGAAGCCGUCUGGAUCAUCCAGCCCCAGUGCCCCCACCUCCACCACCCAGCCACAGCCUCAGCGGAGGCCAGCCCUAACCCCAGCGAGGAGCACUGGUUCGGGUCAGAUGAGUUCUUGGCUCUGCCCGCCCAGCUGAAGAAGACAGAGAUGCUGGCUAUGAAGCUGGAGACCCUGGCCCAGAGACCUGGCCACCAGGGACACCAUGAGUCCAUUCAGGAUGUAGACGAUUGGGAGCUGACCGAGGUCAAUUCAGACUGGGAGGGCGAGGGCCCGGGCAGCCCCCAACCCCCUCUGGGCUUCCACGCCCUCCAACACCCCUACAAGAGGCCUUUCCGUGUGGGGAUGGGCCGCUUCUCGCCCACCUCGUCCAGCGACAUGGCUCCAUCCCUGGAUGAGAGCAUCGAGUCGGGCCCCCUCAGUGACCUGCUGUCUGAGGACGAGGCCUGGAGCUCCAGGGAGAGUAGGAUGAGAGACAACAACAGGGGCUGGAGCUCCGGGGAGACCAGAGGGAGUUCCACUGGAUCCAGAAGGAGAGACGCCAACAGGUCUCUCCCCCUGCAGCCUACCACCACCACUCCCACUACCAUGGCCCCCCACAUAGAGAGACAGUGUAAACCCCUCAUCCAACAGCUACUGGAUGACAUCCAGCACCACGACAACCACCCAGACAUAUGGGGCAAGAUAGAGGGCUUUGUGAGUAAACUAGAUGAGUUUAUCUGCUGGCUGAGGGAAGCCCUGGAGACCACAGAGAACUGGAUGCCACCCAAAGCUGAAAUGGACAGCCUCAAGCUCUACCUGGAGACACACCUGAGUUUCAAGCUGAACGUGGACAGUCACUGCUCCCUGAAAGACUAUGUACUGGAGGAAGGCAGGCAGCUGCUGGAAGUCAUCAUCUCCCACAAAUCAGGCCUGAGGGACAUGCUCCAGAUGGUCGUACACCAGUGGCAGCAGCUCCAGAGGCAGAUCCGCCGCCAGCACAGCUGGAUGCUGCAGACUCUGGACGCCAUCAAAGCCCACAUCCUGGCCACUGAGACUGAGGCCUCUCAGGAGGCAGAGACCACGGGACCGCUGGCCAGCCCAAAGGGGGGGUUGCUGCAGAGCCACUGGGAGGCUCAGAGGGAUGCCCUGGACCAGCUGAGUCUGAAGCUGAAGAGCCAGCAGUAUUGCACUGCCACCAUCAGGAGGACUGGGAGGGAUUACCCACAGAUGCCCAAGAACAACAGUCUGCAGGAGUUUGAGUCUGACUUCCAGGAGCUCUGGGAUUGGCUUAUGGACAUGGACUCUGUGGUGAUGGACAGCCACGAGCUGAUGAUGUCAGAGGAGCAGCAGCAGCAUCUCUACAAGGGGAACAGUGUGGAGAUGAGGAUGUGGCUCCCUAAGAAGACACACCUCCUGGGCUGGGCCGAGUGCCUGCGGAGGAGCGGAGCACAGCUGCCCCCGGACUUCGACGAGCGAGUCAAUGCCAUGACACACAAAUGGGACCAGCUACAGAAGAUCCUGGGGGAGUCGGUGGGGAGCACCAGUCCAUCCCAGGAGCUUCGCUCUGCCCUAUCCCCCCACACCAGCAGCUUGCUGGGCCAGCUGGAAAGCAGAAUCAAGGAUCUGAAGGUGUGGCUGAGAGACACAGAGCUCUACAUCUUCAACUCCUGUCUGAGACAGGACACAGAGCAGGACCUGCAAGUCUCCACCCAGCUGCAGCACUUUAAGUCUCUGUGUCUGGAGGUGCGUGGGAGGCGUAAGGGCAUGUCCUUGGUACUGAGGCUGUCCCAGCGGCUGCAGGAGGAGCAGGCGCAGCAGAGCAGUCCAGACUCAGAGCAACAGGCCCUGCAGCUGCUGACCGUCAACCUGGAGCGGCGCUGGGAGGCCAUCAUCAUGCAGGUGCUGCAGUGGCAGACCCGCCUCCGGAGGGCCCUGGGGACAGAUCAGGUCCCAGGGAACAUCGUAGAGGCUGGUCUCAUGGACCUCCACGGCCCAGCUGAGGACUCCUGGGAGUGGGAUGAAAUGGACAUGACCAUCGUGGAGCACAUGGAGCCAAAGGAAUUUGAUGACAAACAAAACGCUGAAUGUGAAUCAGGUCCUGGAUCCCCUGGGGCCGGUUUAAACUAUGACAUGUCCGAGUCGAGCCCGCGUGUCACUCAGCGAGGGAUGUCCUUGAGCGAAUCGUCUGGAGUGACACCUCUGUCUUCUCAGCGUCCCAAUGUCUAUCAGGUGUACAGCCUGCAUAAUGUGGAGCUUUACAGACAGCCUCACUUCCCCUCCGUACACAAGACCUCUUCUCCGGCAAAAGCCGGGAGGAAGCAGCCUCUUCUGAAGAGCCUGAGCAAAGACUCCUCCUUCUCAUCUGUAGAAUCCCUGCCAGACCUCCUAGGGGGUCUGCUUGUCUGGGGAAAGCAGGGGGGACACGGCGGGGAGUCCGCCCGCAGAUCAGAGAGCGAGAGCGGGAUAGUCAGUGAGGGUGAGACAGAAACAACUGCCAACUCCGAGGUCUGUCUAGAUGACCCACGGAGAGGAGGCAGCACCUCCCUCAGACCCCCCACAGGAGUCAACUCGCCUGGGGAAGACGACGACGACGAGGGGGACAGGGUGUGUGACGAGGACAUUGACAGGAUCCUAGAACGGGCCAACAAGGUAGCGCUGUAUGGGGACAGUGUGUCUGUGACGGCGCUGAGAAAGAGAGACCAAAACAGAUCCAAAGCAGGGAAGAAGAAGAGAGGAGGAGGAGAGGAGGGAGGUGGAGGAGGGGAGAACCGGAGGAGACACAGGAGAGAGUCCAACGUGGAGAUUCUGAUCAACGGACGUGGCCUCAGGCCUGACUCCGAGGAGGAAGAUGAGAGGAGAGUGACAGGGGAGAAGGGCCGUAGAGACAGAGAGAUCCCCCAUCUGUCCCAAGGGUCCUCCCUGGAGUCCCUGUAUGCAGCGGGGGAGCUAUUUCCAUCCGGCAAAGACACUCUCCAGCACUCCACGUCUCUGGAGAGCUGGCUGGCCCCGUGUAAGAGCUGGGAGGAGGCCGAAGGAGAGGGAGGCAGCCAGGGCAGCCUGAGGGAGCUGGGCCUGGGCACCGGAGCUAUAGAGCCCACAGGGGAACUGAGCCACAGGACUCUGGAGCUCCUCAAACGCCUGGAGAACAUCCAGACCCCGCUACACGACCUGAAGAUGACACGCAGCAUCUCUGACAUCACACUGCAGAGCAGCAGCUCCCUGCGCCACCCUGGGGUGGAGUAUGGACCUGGGGGGCCUGGGCACGCUGGGCGCCUCUCAGGGGGCCGGGGUGGAUCCCCCUCCUCCGUCAACAAGAGCUCGGCUGCGUCUCUGACAGAGCUGAGCAGCACAGAGGACUCGUCGGUGGGCACUGAGGACCUGGCCGUACUGAGGAACAGCUGCUGCCUGCUGGACUCCAACGCCUCCUUCAGGAAGCACCACCACCGGGCCCAGCCGGGGGAUCACCACGGAGGUCAUGGGGGUCACGACGAGGCGGACGCCAGCAUCAGCAUGGUGGUCAACGUGUCAUGCACCUCGGCCUGCACUGAUGACGAGGAUGACAGUGACCUUCUGUCCAGCUCCACGCUGACCCUGACUGAAGAGGAGUUGGGUAUCAAGGAGGAUGAGGAGGAUGACAGUGACCUUCUGUCCAGCUCCACGCUGACCCUGACUGAAGAGGAGUUGGGUAUCAAGGAGGAUGAGGAGGAUGACAGUGACCUUCUGUCCAGCUCCACACUGACCCUAACUGAAGAGGAGCUGGGUAUCACCUCUGAAGAGGAGUACAUGGAGGGCUCCUUAGGCCUGGGCCUGGAGUACAUGGAGGGCUCCUUAGGCCUGGGCCUGGAGUACAUGAAGAACGAGUUCCACAACUGGAUCCACAAUCCCUCCCGCUCCCAGCAGCAGUCCCAGUCCGGCUGCGGUUGGGACAAGAACCAAGUGUAUGACCCUCUAGGGGACGAGCUGCAGUGUGGCACCCUAUCCAAAGACCGCACCAACAGGCCGUCUGUAGGCAAUGAGCGCUGCUCCUUCCUAAACCGCUCAGCGCUGAGGCUCCUGGAGUCCCACACCAACAGCAACGUGAAGAAGGAGUGUCUCAGGACGUUGCCUGACGUGGUGGACACCAACAGGAAGAACGCCACGCGGAGCUACAUCAGCCAGUUUGUAGAUGACAUGGAGAACGGGAAUGUGGACAACUCCCACAUCAAAGGGAAGGAUGAGGACAAUGAGCUGUUACGAGAGGAGGGGAGCCUCUUCACCAAGAAAGGGGAGUCCUUCAAAGACUGUUAUGUGAACGAGUCAGUGGUGAACGGAGGGGACCAGCAGAGGGGCAUGGGAAUGGCCACUGCCACCACGCCGUCCUUGUGUGAGACGCUGUCCCAGCUCCAGGCCAAGGAGUCCUCUCUAGAGAGCCAGCUCAGAGGGGAAAUCCCCUGCCAGAGCUCCAGCCACUCCUCCCCCUCUCUCUCCCCACUGGAGGACUGCUGUGGCUCCCACCACCACCACGCCCUGCAGAGACCACCCCGCUCUGGAAACAACAGUCAGGAGAAUCUCUUCUCCUCAUUCCUCAGUGAUGUCCACACCCAGCAGAGCAUUGGAGAUGCCAGCUCCAACCCCGGCCCAGACCCCAACUCAGACCACCCCUACUGCAGCCACCUCCACCCCCAGGUGCCCCCAUGCCAGGACCAAAAGAGCCAGGAGAACAUGCACAACUUUGUGAUGGAGAUCAUCGACAUAGCCUCAGUGGCUCUGAAGAACAAGGAGAGCCAGGCAGAGGACAAAGAGAGACCCGGCCAGACUGGAGCCCAGAUCAGGGACAAAGUCCUGGAGCAGUCCCACCGGCCCAUCCACCUCCACAAGGGAGACUUUUACUCCUACCUGUCUAUCAACUCCCACGACUCAGACUGUGGAGAGGUUAGCACCUAUAUAGACAGCAAGAGCACCACCCCCUUACUGUCGACUACCCCAGAUAUCAGGGACAAGGAGAUGCUGUUUGAGGCUUGUACUGAGGAAGUGUACCUGGGACCUCCUCUCUGCUACAGCAUGGCUGUCACCAAGAGGCCCAGGAGGCACAGUCCCAAACUAAUGGACUGCUACUCCUCCUCUCCCUCUCCUGCUGCCCAAAGCCAGAGUCAGAGCCAAGCACCUCUGCCCACCUGCAAUGAAUACCAAAAAGCACAUGGUAUUUAUCCUGGAAGUAUAGCUUGGAGACAGCUACAGUGCCAUAAUGAGGCUUCUUAUCUUAAUCCGUUACCAUGUGAAACCCUGAUAGACACUGUUGAAUGUUUUGCAGAUACUCAAAUGCUUGAAUCCAAUAUUUCCCCUGUAAUGACUAAGAUAAGGGUCUCUUGCUCCAGUACAAAUCCUUUAAAAGAGGAAGGCAGCCUCUGUAUUAAUCCUAAAAUUAACUGUCCCCCGAUAAGAAACUGUGAUAGGGAUGAAAAAGGGCCUACUUCACAGUGGAUGAAACAUAAUAAUGUCAGGAAAAGCAACAGCUCUCUUCAGGAAGUCAAGUCAAUUCAUAAACAGAAGCAGUCUCCAAGGUCAGGCCGUGGUUGUGGGGAGGUCGGGGGCCAGGGCCCCCGGGGUAGUGGCCCUGUCUUAGUCAACUCAUCUGCUUCAAAGACUGGAACUGCCAGGCCCCAGGUCAUGAGACUGUCUGGGAGUGUAGCCUCAGCCAACUCCAAGGCUCAGCUGUGAGAGAGGAGGGUCCAUGUCUGUGUGAAGUGUCCAUCCUGAUGGCCUGUGGCCUGGGCUGGGCUCUCUCCCCUGUUCCCCUGGUCCAUGGAUCUCCCCAGCCUGCUACUCAAGCUUCCUCUUCUUCCUUCUGGCUACUGUAAUACUGACCUUUGACCCCUCAGUGACCCCCAGAGUGGAUGAACUCCGACCCCCACCGUCCUCUGCUCCUCCAGUCCGUCCCAGACUGUAACUGAGCUACCUCACUGCUCUGCCACCCACCAUGCAAACCCUCACCAAACACAGACACAUACUUCUUCCGCCAGUUUGUAUGGCAUUUCUCACUAUCUCACCGGUACUCUAGAACCAGCUGCAGAUGUUAUAAACCCAGGGCACAAGUUUUCCUUGUUUGCUGCAUCAGAAGAAGGUAAGGUACAAUUUGAAGAGGACACAUUGAGUGGACGAGUACUUUGAGAGUUGCUGUUUCGUGAUUAGUUCCAUCCUGUCUGGACAGAACAGAACAGCACUGCUGAGAGUUCCAGAGAGUUCCAGCUCCAUGGCAACUUGUGUUAAGAAAGAGAAAGCUAGAGAGAAAGAGAGUGAUUGUUUUGGCACUCAACUGAUGGAGGAAAUGGAAGUUGGACCGAUAUCAUAAAGAAAGCCAAAUGCAAGUAGAUCUAUCUAUGCAACACUGCCCAGGCUGGAAACAGCUGAACGGUGUUGUGUAGUAAAAGAUUGAUGACGACUGUUGACGUAAUUCAGCAUCUAUCUACCAUUUCCUUUUUUUUAUUCCUAAGACAUAAAGGGAGGGUACGACUACGAGGGAAGGUUUUACACUUAAAACAUGUGUGCCUUGCUAUUGUUGUUUCUUAUACCAUUUGGUUAAAACACUGCUUCCCCAGUUAGGUGUUCAAAAGAUGUAGAGAAGAGGAAAAGGGACAACAGCAAGGUUGAAACAGGCAUCCAUAUAGAUGUAUACGUUCUCCAACCUUGACGUAUCAUGAUGGUGUACAUGCUUUGUGUUUAGUGUAAAACUGUACGUGUUCUGUGAUGUGGAAUAUUAUCAGCCUUAAAGUGCUAGACUGCAUGGUUAAAAAUAAAUAUACAAACAUGUUGGGAAAUUAACUUAAUUUAUUGGAAACCAUUUGAUUACAUGCAUUUUCUGUAUGUAAUUCACCUGAAACAAUGUACAAGCAUUCUUCAUUGUUGAUCAUUUCUUUUCUCAACACUAUAAAUGAAAAAUGAAUAAGAGGAACAUUA